AUAUAACAAUCUGACUAUCGAAAACUUGAGAAAUGUGUCUUUCCCGUCGAUGUCUAUGCGAAACAUUGACAUAACGUGUCGAUACAAUUAUUUUUUUACCAAGUUUUGUGCUAAUCUGAAAGAAUAUAGACCACAAAAUACUUUAGUUUUAUUACGUUUUUCGAUAUAUUGUUAGUAUAUAACAAUGCAAGCAAUGUCAGGCUCAGUUUCAGAAUUUAACAGUAAUAGUGAUUUAUUAUCAGCGAUAGAAGUUUUGUCCGCAAAAAAUGAAAAAGAUUUAACAUUUUUUUCAAAUGUGGACAAAGCUACAAAAGAAUGGCUCAAAUCUUUAGAAUCUAUAUGGCAAUUAUGGAAAAAGGGUGACGUUAUAAGCAAAACAUUAAUAGAGUAUUUUGACAGCGCACCUGAUCCAUAUUUAAGCACAAUACGAUUAUUAGUGAACACUUCAGAUUUUAAAUAUAUAAAAAAGAAUUCAUCAUUAGCAUUUACAGUCAUAGAAGAAUUUGAAAACUGGUUGAAAUUGGAGAAACCAAUACGUAAACUGUUCCUAGAUGUAGAAAUAAAAUUAGCAACAUUUCAAUUAAUUAUUAGACAAAAAAAUAUGGAAUUCAUUAAAAUGGUUGCUGCUACAUAUGAAUUCAUAGAACACAAGGAGGAAUUUCUUCCUAUAAUAAAGGAAGUCAUUAAGGAAAAGAAAUACAAAGAAGCAGCACAAUAUGCAGUUGUAUUGCAAUUACAAGAUUAUUUUGCCAAUCCAGAAACAUUACUAUUACCACUUAUUCUGCAGAAUAAAUUAAUAGUUGUAGAAGAUUUUUUAACAAAUUAUCCUCAUUUGCAGAAGGUUCUAGUCUUGUAUUUGGAUAAUUUAAUUGGACCUGAGAAUAAUAUGGCUGUCAUGUUAAAUGAUAUAAUUAUAAAACAUAAUAUACCAGACGUAAAGAUGGUAACAGUAAAUACAAAACCCAUGACUAAAUUAAUAGCACGUUUUAUUAAAUUAUAUAAUCUUCCACCGGAACUUUGUCCUAAUUUAAAUAAAAAAAGAUGCGAAGGUGGUUUACAGUUCCUCAUGUAUAAACGUUACGUGCAAUCUAGUAUAAGUACUGCUAGCUGGUGGGAAAUGGUACAAGAUGCAGUAGGGAAUGAUCAUACAUUACAACUUGCUACAAUAAAGAUGAUAAUUAAUGCCAAAGAUGCAGCUGAAGCUUUAUAUUGGGCUAAAAAAUUUAAUCUACCUAGAGAAAAAUGGCCAUGGGCACUUAUAUAUGAAGAGGAACAAAAUGAAUGUAUAAAUGAAGGAGCUUCAACUAGCAAGAUGAAUGAUUUGAACAUUGACAAUGACCCUAUAAAUUAUCAUGAAUUGAAAUUAUCAAGAGAUUCUAUUAAAAUAGUAAAUGAUCUUUGUAGUUUUGCAGAAUUUCUUGAUAAUGGAUUAAGAGAUGUCUCUAUUGUUGGUAUUGAUCUAGAAUGGAAACCAUGCUUUGGUACGAAACAAACAGAAUUAGCUUUAAUACAAAUAGCUACCAAAGCUAAUGUAUACAUCUUAGAUGUAACUACAAUAGGAAACAAGUUAACAGAGUUAUGGAUUAAAUUAUCCAAAGAUCUAUUCGAAAACAGAAACAUUUUAAAGCUUGGAUUUGGAAUAGCACAAGAUGUAACAGUUAUACGCAAUAGUUUGCCUGCAUUUUCAAAAAUAAAAAUAUAUGGACAAGGUUAUUUAGAUAUUGUACACUUAUGGAAAAAGUUAGUGAAAAAUUAUAAAUUUGUUUUUCCACAUAAAAGUGAUGAAAAAUUUACUAAAAAAAAUUUGAGUAAACUUGUAGAACUUUGUCUUGGGCAGAAACUAAAUAAAUCUGAUCAGUUUUCUAAUUGGGAACAGAGACCACUAAGAGAAAGCCAAAUAAUAUAUGCUGCAUUAGAUGCAUACUGUCUGUUAGAAAUAUAUGCAACAUUAGAAAUUCAAUGUGAACAUUUAGACAUACCAUUUUAUGAUGUGUGUUUGAAAGUGCAACAUAUACCACAUCAAUCACGAGAACGCAAUACAAGGAAACCUACACAAAUGUCCCACUCCUUCCAAAAUGAAGAAUUCAGUUAUGAUAAACAAAAUUUUCAAAGAGAUUCACCACAAGGAAGAUUGAGGAAUAAUUUUUGGAAAUCAAAUAAUCAAGAUCAUCAUUCUUUUCACAAAGCAAUACAAUCACCACGAAGAAUGGGGUCCAUGAAUUUAAACAGACAACAUUACAAACAAGUAGUUAAACGUGAAUCCAUACCAGUGCAUCAAUGGCGUGUAGUUUGUGAUUCAAUGUUAGGAGGGCUAACAAGUAAAUUACGAAUGUGUGGAUGCGACUGCGUUCAUUUUGCAUUUGAUCAAAGAGGAGAACGAUCUGUUCAAGUAGCCCUUUAUGAAAAGAGGGUACUUUUGACGCGUAAUAAAGAAUAUUUAAGAUUUUCACAGUAUAUACCACCUGAGGAUUGUUAUUUUGUAAUGGCAGCUAAUCCUGAUGCUCAGCUACGAGAGGUAUUAAAGUACUUUAAAAUUAUAGUUACACAUAGAGACAUAUUUAGUCGAUGCCAAGAUUGUAACAGUGAUGAAUUUGUGAAAGUUUCAAAGCAGUUAAUGGAUAAACUUUUAAAAAGUUAUGUUAAAAUAACACGUAAAAAUAAUUAUAGAAUUGAUACAAAUCCAUCAGAUCAUGUAAUCAAUACAUAUCAUUCAGCUGUAGCAACGAACUCAAACAGUAACGAUUUACAAUACGAUACUUUUAUGAACAACCAGUUGGAACACGAGGAUCGUACAUGGAUACUUAGCACGAAUUCUAUGGAUGUUGACACAUGUUCAACGAAAUACCAAGCAAGAAUACAAAUUGAUAAAGUACCAAUGAAGGUGUUACAGGAUAUAGAAGUUUUUUACAUUUGUGAACAAUGUGGAAAGAUAUAUUGGAAUGGUACACAUUUAGAACGUACGCUCAAUGGUGCUAUUAAGGAUCUCAUUGUUCCAUCUGAGUUUUAAUUACUAUUACAUGUGAUAUAGUGUUUAAAGAAGUUCAGGCUUUGAAAGCACAAAUCAAAAGUGUUUUUAUUUAUUUAAGUCAAUAGGAAUUAUAUCUACAAUGCGGAAUUAAAAACAAAAA